UCCGCGGACCGCACGGCGCGUGUCCAGCAUGCGUCCGGCCAUGGGAGACACGGUGGUUCUCAACCCCGGCCUCGGCGUGGGCCACCUGGUGCCCAUGGUGGAGCUGGCCAAGCUCUUCCUGCGCGGCGGCCUCGCCGCCACCGUCAUCGUCAACGGCCCGCCGGGCAAGGCCACGGACACCUCGGCCGCCGUCGCGCGCGCCGCGGCGGCCAACCCGUCCGUCCGCUUCCACGUGCUGCCCGCGCCGCCCGACGUCGACGCCGGAGGCACGACCCCGCCGGACGCCGCCGCACAGGCGCCCAACCCCUUCGUCCUCCUGCGCCGCAUGAACGCGCCGCUCCGCGACUACCUCCGCUCGGUGCUGCCCUCGGUGCGCGCCCUCGUGCUCGACAUGUUGUGCUUCUGCGCGGACGCCAUCGACGUCGCCGCCGAGCUCGGCGUGCCGGCCUACGUCUUCUACACCGGCAGCGCCAGCAGCCUCGCUGUCAACCUCUACCUCCCGCGCAUGCAGGCCGAGAUCGGCGACGCCAGCCUCGGCGAGAUCGGCGACGCGCCGCUCUCCUUCCCGGGGAACCGCCCCUUCAAGCCCACCGACCUCCCCGAGCUCGCGCUCGACCGCCACAACGAGGUGUACAAGAGCUUCCUGCACGCGUUCCAGCGGAUGCCGGAGUCCCGGGGCAUCGUCGUCAACACGUUCGAGUGGCUGGAGACCACGGCGCUGCGCGCGAUCAGGGACGGCGCGUGCGUCCCCGACCGCGCCAUGCCGCCCGUCUACUGCGUCGGGCCGAUGGUCUCGGCCGCCGGCGGCGGAGAGAAGAAGCACGAGUGCCUGGCGUGGCUGGACGCGCAGCCGGAGAAGAGCGUCGUGUUCCUCUGCUUCGGGAGCAUGGGCACCUUCCCCGUGAAGCAGCUGGAGGAGAUCGCCGUCGGGCUGGAGCGGUCCGGGCAGAGGUUCCUGUGGGUGGUGCAGAGCCCGCGCACGGACGGCGGGCCGGACCUGCUGGCGGACGCGCCCGUGGAGCCGGACCUCGCCGCGCUGCUGCCGGAGGGGUUCCUGGAGCGCACCGGCGGCCGCGGCUUCGUCGUCAAGUCGUGGGUGCCGCAGGCGAACGUGCUGCGGCACCGUGCGACGGGCGCCUUCGUGACGCACUGCGGGUGGAACUCGACGCUGGAGGCGAUCGUGGCGGGGCUGCCGCUCAUCUGCUGGCCGCUGUACGCGGAGCAGCGGCAGAACAAGGUUUUCGUGGUGGAGGAGAUGGGCGCCGGCGUGGAGAUGGUCGGGUAUGAUGAGGAGGUGGUGGCGGCGGCGGAGGUGGAGGCCAAGGUGCGGUGGGUGAUGGAGUCCAAGGGCGGGGCGGCGCUGCGGGAGCGAGCCAUGGCGGCCAAGGACAAGGCACUCCAGGCGCUGGACGAAGGCGGGGCGUCCCGGACGGCGUUUGCUGAGUUUCUUAGAGAUCUUUAGAGCCUCUUUACAACUUAGAUUAUCCUCAGUGUUACAGUUUUGUCGAAUCAUAUCACAUGAAAUGGGAAAAGAAAACAUAACUUAGAUCAUCGUGGAUGAAGCCCGACAGCAAGAUGACCACGGUCGGAUGGCGAGGUGAUGGUCACCGUCGCGGCGAGGCCGUGGUCGUGUGGGAGGAAGAACUUGACCCCCUUCUCAGUUAUGAUCAUAUAAUUCCAUACAUCUACAGCAAGAUAUACACGCAGAAGUCCAAACUAAAACGAGCAAUGUGCAAGUAACAUCACACAACCCCAUGAAAAAGAAUGCAUGUUAUCCUAUCAUGGCACAACAAACAACACAAGCUUGAAUGUAAUCCAUUCAUGUCCUCAAUCCGGACCCAAUCACUACCAAACCUAAACUUUACAUACAAAGAGAAGAGAAGAAAAGAAAAGAAUCAAA